AUGAGGCCGCUCGUGGAGGUCUGGGUGCUGCUGGUCCCGCUGCUCCUGGUGGCGGCGGACCCCUCUGCGCGGACGACGAACGCGGAGUGCCCGCCGAGAUGCGUGUGCUUCACGAUGCAUGUGCGAUGCAUGUUUCAAAAGCUGAGCCAGAUGCCGCGGGUGCCUGCCAACACCACCGUUCUAGAUCUCCGAUUCAACAGCAUCACGGAGGUGCGGCCGGGGACGUUUCGCGGUCUCGACAAGCUGCACACCCUGCUGCUGAACGACAACCAUAUUCGACGGCUGGUCGCGGGCACGUUCGAGGGCGCGCCAAAUCUACGGGUACUCUACUUGUACAAAAAUCGAAUCGAGCACAUCGCCCCGGGCGCGUUCGCGGGGCUGCCGCGGCUCGAGCAGCUGUAUCUGCAUCACAACCACCUGCGGGAGAUACGCCCCGGCACGUUCAACAAUCUGCCGGCGUUGGAGCGUCUAUUCCUGCACAGCAACAAGCUGCAUCGGCUGCCGGCCGACGCGUUCGUCAACGUCGGUCCCAUGACACGGCUGCGUCUUGACAGUAACGCGCUCGUCUGCGACUGCAAUCUGGUCUGGCUGGUGGAGCGCACCCGAGAGAGGCCUACGGAGAUGGCGGCGAUUUGUCAGUCCCCACAUAAGAUGAAGGGUCGCUCCCUCACGACGAUGUUGCCCGAGGACUUUCAUUGCACAAAACCACGUAUAGUAGAAGGACCCGAAGAUACCGUGGUGCGAUUUGGCGAGACGAUGACAUUGACGUGCCGAGUAACGGGCGAUCCGACGCCGAAAAUCAAAUGGAUGAAGAAUAAAUGGUACUCGGAAGCGGACGAUGAUAACAGCGACAAGUACGAAAUCCACGAAGACGGCGAGAAGUACGUAAUUCGCGAGGAUGGCAGUCUGGUGAUCACCGACAUGACUGAGCAGGACAGCGGGGUAUACGAAUGCAUGGCCAGUAGUGAUAUGGGCUCGACCAAGUCCAGGAAGGCGAGGGCGGUGAUCACGGCAGCGUCCCGUUUGGUAUUCGCCGAGAAGCCAGAAUCGCAAAACGUGACCGUUGGCACCAACGUGACCUUCUCUUGUCGAGUACUGAACAAUGGGUUCAGUGUCAAGCCCAAUAUUCGUUGGCUUCGAGACGACCUACCGAUCUUGUUCGGUGACAGAAUCUUCCUCGAGAACGAUGAUACCAAGUUGCGUAUCCUCGCGGCUAAGGAAUCUGACGCUGGCAGAUAUCAGUGUCAUCUUAAAAGCGUCGACAGAAGCGUAGUCCUCUUCGCGGAUCUGCACGUCAUCAACUUCAUCGCGCCCCGAUUGGUCUUCAAGCCGCAGGACAUGGAAGCGGAACCGGAUGCUAUAGUCGAGGUACCAUGCCGGGCCGAGGGCAGACCAAAGCCGGUGAUACAAUGGAAAAAGGAUGGUAGUGCUCUUGAGGGCAAUAGAAUUAAGAUCACUCGUGGCGGGAGUCUCCUCAUUUUCAACGUGACUCCACAGGACACCGGCAGAUAUGAGUGUUCAGCAAUAAACGAUUAUGGCCGCGCAACCGCCGAUGCUCUAGUACGCGUUCGGCAAUCAGGUGCAACGGAUACAAUUAUCGUACGAGCUUUUCAAAGUGCCACCGAGGAGAUCGAUCGUGCCAUCAAUAAGACGCUAUCAUCCUUAUUCAAUGGUGACUCAUCUAACCAUGUUCAUCCAUUCCGGUUAAUACGAUUCCCGAAUGCCAUCAGUCGCGCGGCUGCCAGACCUGCUGAACUUUUCGAGAGGACUCUCGUCAAUAUUCGACGUAUGGUGGACGCCGGCGCUAAAGCGAACAUAACCGGUGAAUUUCGUUACGAGGAGAUCCUGACGCGCGAACAGGUCAAAGAAAUUGAACAGUUAUCCGGAUGCACCGGUCAUAGACAUCGGCAAAAUUGCACCAACAGGUGCUUUCACCGCAAAUACCGCACCAUAGACGGCAGUUGCAACAAUCUGCGUCAUCCUACUUGGGGCUCAUCGCAUACAGGAUUCCAUCGAGUAUUGCAGCCCAUCUAUGAGAACGGUUUCUCGACGCCGGUCGGUUGGGAGAAGGAACGACGAUACUACGGUUAUCCGAAACCAGCUGCGCGUCUCGUGUCGACCACGUUGAUAUCUACGCAUGACAUUACAUCCGAUCAUCAGAUUACCCACAUGGUGAUGCAGUGGGGCCAAUUCCUGGAUCAUGAUCUCGACCACGCGUUGCCAUCAGUAUCGAGUGAAUCCUGGGACGGAAUUGAUUGUAAGAAGUCAUGCGAUAACGCAGCACCUUGUUUCCCGAUGGAGGUACCGCCGGAUGAUCCGCGGGUUAACAAUAGACGGUGCAUCGACUUCAUAAGAACCAGCGCCGUGUGCGGAUCAGGCUCGACCAGCAUCUUAUGGGGUGAGAGACUGACACGGCGAGAACAGUUAAAUCAGUUGACUAGCUACCUCGACGCAUCGCAAGUCUACGGUUACAAUGAUGAAGUGGCGCGCGACCUACGUGAUCUCACAACGGAUCACGGAUUGCUACGGGAGGGUCCUACGAUCCCUGGUCAUAAGCCUUUACUGCCGUACGCGUCCGGACAAUUCGUCGAUUGUCGUAGAGAUCCGCUGGAGAGCUCGAUCAAUUGCUUCGUCGCUGGUGAUAUUCGCGCAAACGAGCAAGUUGGCCUGUUAGCUAUGCAUACCAUAUGGUUGCGCGAGCACAACCGCAUCGCUCGCGUGUUACGCGAAAUGAAUCCGCAUUGGAACGGCGAGAAACUGUACCAGGAGGCCAGACGUAUCGUUGGCGCCGAGAUGCAGCAUAUUACUUAUCAGCACUGGUUACCGCGGAUAUUCGGUUCAACAAUUGACGAUUUUUUAUUAUCUUACCGCGGUUAUGAUUCCAGUAUCGACGCUAGUAUAUCCAACGUCUUCGCUACCGCCGCUCUACGUUUCGGUCAUUCGCUUAUUCAGCCGCGCCUACAGCGUCUAAACGCCUCGUUCCAAUCGAUUCCUCAAGGUGCUCUCAAUCUACGUGAUGCCUUCUUCGCGCCCUGGCGGCUAGUGGAGGAAGGUGGGGUCGAUCCCCUAAUCCGCGGUAUGUAUGCUACCGCAGCGAAGUUGAAGCGGCCCGAACAAAAUCUCAACGUCGAGCUCACCGAGCAGCUGUUCCGUAGCGCGCACGCGGUCGCAUUGGACCUGGCAGCGAUGAAUAUUCAGCGGGGACGGGAUCAUGGACUACCCGGUUACCUGGAGUGGCGCGAUUACUGCAACAUGUCGCAUGUGGAGACGUUCGAGCAUCUGGCCGCCGACAUUAGCAGCGCUCGAGUGCGGCAAAAGCUGCGCGAAUUGUACGGCCAUCCGGGUAAUAUAGACGUCUGGGUCGGUGGUAUUCUAGAGGAUCAAUUGCCAGAUGCGAAAGUCGGACCGUUAUUUAAGUGUCUUUUGCUGGAACAAUUCAGACGUACUCGAGAUGGCGAUCGGUUCUGGUACCAGAAUCCCGGACUCUUCCGCGCGGAGCAACUUGCGCAGAUCCAGCAAGUGUCGCUCGCCAGAAUCCUAUGCGACAACGGCGAUAACAUCACUCGCGUGCAACCCGACGUGUUCCUGCUGCCCGAGGGCCGCAAUGACUUCGUCAGCUGCGACGAGAUUCCCUACGUGGAUCUAAGCGCAUGGUCCGAUUGCUGCGACAACUGCGAGGAUCACGACAAUACUAUUUCUCGCGUACGCAGAGAGGCUAAAAAAUAUCUUGCGCCUGAUCACGACUAUACAAAAAAAGUAGAAUCGUUGAGCCGUAAUGAAAAGGUGAAAUACCUGGAGAACAUGUUGGAAAAAAGCGAUCGAGAGGCUACGAGAUUACGAGAGCAGGCCGAUGACUUAUUGCACAGAGUAAAAAAGCUUAAGUCAUUAUUAGAAGACGUCAAAACACGAUAAUUGCAUAAAUAUCCUUGCUUAGGUCCUUUCCUUCUAUUGCAGGUAAAGAAUUCUUGCGCUUUUGUCUCUGAUAUAUUUUAUCUUUCUGUCGUGCAUUUAUUAAAAACAUACUGUAAAUAGAAACGCAUUAUCUUUCUUAGUGCGAGAUUUAUAUCAUCAAAUUGUAAUUGUAUGCACAUAUCUUUCGCAGCAAAAUUUAAAUUAUGUAAAAGAGACAAGAUAUAUUAAGCUAUAGAAAUUUUACAACAUAUUCU